GGGUCAAAGUAAUCACAUCUAUUGUGCCAGCCUAGGGAUAGUAAAGUGAAGUUAUUUAUAAAUGCCAGUACAGAGGUUACUGACUGUUACUACUUGGUCUUUUAGUAAAGGAGUUAUACUGCAACAUAUGCUCGAAGAUGGAAGAAGAGAAAGUGGAGCUUAAAGAGCUAAACAGAUCCACAGAAGACAAGCUUAGAAAGGCAGCUAAACAGGCCAGCAUGUUCGAGAGAACAAUCCAGCCAUGCCUUGCUGAGCUUGUGGGGACUAUGUUUUUUGUCUUCAUUGGUUGCGUAUCAGUGAUUGAGAAUGUAGGGGCAACGGGUCAUCUUCAGCCAGCGCUGGUGCACGGGUUGGCAGCGGCUGUACUGGUAGCGUGUAUGGCAGAGAUCAGUGGAUCGCAUUUCAACCCACCAUUUACUUUGGCCAUUUUCUUAUGUGGAGGAAUGCAGUUAGGAAUGGUUAUCCCGUAUCUUAUCAGCCAACUUGUUGGAGGUGUGCUUGGUGCUGUCAUGUCAAAGCUCAUGACAUCAAAGGAAAACUACAUAAAUGCCACUGGUGCAGCUUUUACCAUUCUACAGUCAAAUGAACAAUUACCAAGGGCUAUCUUUGCUGAGAUGGCAAUGACCUGUCUGGUCACUAUGGUCGUGCUGCUGGGGGCAGUAAAUGGGAAAAGCAGGAGUCCCAUGGUACCUUUCCUGGUGGGCUGCACUGUGAUUGUCAACGUCCUGGCAGGAGGUGACAUAUCUGGCACCUGUUUGAACCCUGCAAGAGCUUUGGGACCUGCACUGGUGGCCGGUUACUGGGAUUACCACUGGGUGUACUGGGUUGGCCCUAUUGGAGGAAGUUUAAUAGCCACAGCCCUUUUAAGGCUCCUGCUUGGCGAUGAGAAGAUUCGAGUUAUAUUGAAAUGAUGCCACUACCACAGGAUCCUUCAAAAAACACAGGCCUGUUUGUUCAACAUUCACCAGUGUUGAUGUGUUGAUGUAACUCUCAAAGUGCUGAAUUGGUCAUGUGGCUAGCUGAAUUUAUACAUGUCCUAGUGAAAUAAUGAUAAUAAUAAUAUAACUUUUCAAAGAACAAUGCAGAAUUUAUUAAACAGAGGAAAAUGUACAGUGUUGAAUUAACUCUUCCAGUGAUAAUUAUAAGGAUAUUACUGAAGAAGUUCUCAAAAUUUUGAAUUGUUGUAUGAUGAAUUUUAUACUGACACAUGAAAUAAAUCAUUUUUAUAAAAGCACAUGAUGAUUUCUUGAACAAACUAACUGAAAUGAAAUUAUAUAAGGAACUAUAUUCCAGCAAACUGUUUUGUAAAAGCCUUUCUUUGAAGAGUGUUCACUCUGAAAUAAACAUUUUAAUUCUAACAUCA